UCAUCAGAAGGGUGCGACGUUGACGUAAAAGAGUGGCGACGCGCACCAGCUUUGUUAUUGCUGGUCUUGUUAUUUUAGAAAUCCCUCAAUUCAGUGUCUUGGAUGGACUAACGUAUAUUUAGACACAGAAAAAGCAGUCAUGUUCCACAACAGCUCGCAGAGAAAGUACUGGAUUUUUAAAAGUGAAGACGAAGUUGAGCAUAUGAGAUGCAAGGCCAAUCAGAAAUUCCGCAACAAGAUACUGGAAAGUGGGAAGCCUGGGCUGAGUGAGUCCAUGUUCCUGGAGCGUCACGAGGAGGACGUUUUAUUCAGACACUAUGAGAAGAGGCUGCUGGAUUUCUGCAACGCCUUUAAGCCUGUGAUGCCCAAGUCUGUGGUGGGUACAGCCAUCAUGUAUUUAAGAAGAUUCUACCUGAACAACUCCAUUAUGGAGUACCACCCUCGGAUUAUCAUGCUCACUUGUGCAUACCUGUCGUGUAAAGUGGAUGAGUUCAACGUGUCCAGCACCCAGUUUGUGGGCAACCUCCUGCAGGAGACCCCGGCAGGACAGGAAAGGGUUCUGGAGCAAAUCCUGGAAUAUGAGCUGCUGCUAAUCCAACAACUCAAUUUCCACCUGGUGGUCCACAACCCCUACAGACCCAUGGAAGGCCUGCUCAUCGACCUCAAGACCAGAUACCCCACUCUGGAGAACCCAGAGUCGCUGAGGAAGAGCGCUGAUGACUUUCUGGCACAGGCAGCCAUGACAGACGCAGGGCUGCUGUUUCCCCCGUCUCAGAUCGCUCUGACAGCUAUUCUGAACAGUGCUUCCAGAGCCAGUCUCAGCAUGGAGAGCUACCUGACUGAAUGCUUGGGACUGAAAGGGAACAAAGAGACUCUCUCAAACAUGUAUGACUCAAUGAGACGGAUGAAAACCCUCCUGAAGAAGUAUGAACUUCCCAAACCGGAGGAGGUGAAUGUUUACAAACAGAGGUUGGAGAGGAUUCAUGCUGAAUUUUCCAGUUCUAGCAACAAACGAAAGAGAGGCUAUGAGGAGGAUGGCCACGUAGCUAAAGAACCACGUUUGGCAGAAGAGGAAUGGACAGAUGAAGACCUGAUAUGAUCUGUGGUUGUGGAAUCAAACAGAGUUUUAAGUUAUUAUACUACUUAAUUCCAGUAUUGAACCGACAAUGACCAAGCCUUUAUAGAAAACACAACAGUGCGUCACAGUUUGCAAGUGUGCAUGUCAUAUUUACUUUUCUACGUGACUGCAGUCAAUAAUGGGUUUGCCUUUGUUCUGCAGUAAGAAUAAAGCUAUUUUUCUACA